AUGACAUCUGCACAAUCCUCAGCUGUAUAUGGAGAACUUCCAAGCACAAGAACAAAUAAAACGGACGAAGGUGCUGAAGAUCACAUCCUAUCUGAGGGCGACGUCAUCUCUGUCAAGCGUAUUCUGAACAACUACCUCCCUGUCGAGAUCGUUGACGAUAUACUUGAUUUUGCUCAAGACAUUUCCAAAGCCCUGAAGAUGCCUAUAGAUCUGUACCGGGGGGACUUGGAGCUGCCAGAAGACGUGAGUAGUGCGGUAGGAGCUGCUAAAGUUCGAUCCCGCGAGGAGAGAAGCAGAUGACACGUCGGAGUAAAUGUCACUGCCCAGGGAUUUUACAAGGAGCAUACGUUUUUCUGGCCAUGUACAGAUGAAUGGAUGAAGCAACGAUCAAUGAAAGGUCUAGUUGGCUUCUCACAUGAGUUUGUUAGGCUACUUGAGCCUGGAGAUAGGGUAGCGCUAAUGGCCGGUGCCUUAUUUCCUGCAUGGAUUAAUCAAGUCAAAAGUGCCUCGAUAGAUGUAUUCUAUGUUAGAUGACGAUUUCGGAACCCAUUACCUCGAGCACGUGCUUAUAC